AUGUCCCUAGAGACGUUGCUUGAGAAGGCAGCCUCGUAUGGCGUCGAAGUAGAUGCGGCGAUUGAAUUUGCAGAGACACCGGACUCGGGUCUUUCGGCCUAUGUGAAGCCCGACAGAGUUUCUGGACCCCCACGGAUCAAACUCACAAACCCCUUCAUUGUAAAGCCUUCCGAUGCAUAUUCUGCGUUUGGAAUCACCGACACUGAGAACCUCGAGAACGAGACUAGCAUUUUCAAGCUGUACAUUGCAUCCAUGAGGAACGGGUCAAUACAGUGCGAGAAGUUCCAACCAUAUAUUGACCUGUUACCAUCACUAGAAGAAAUCCAUUCACCGCUAUCAAUGAGUUCAAAAUCACUCUACGUGUUUUCCAAUACAUCCUUACAGGGGUCUAUCAUUUCGAAAAAGCUGGAGUCCCUGAAAGAUGACUUUGGCUCGGUACUUAAAUAUAACAAUAGGAUCGAAUUUGAAGACUAUCUCUGGGCCCAUCUAAUUGUCACGUCAAGAGCGUUCCCCUAUAAGAUCAUCAAUGUCCAUGCAAAACCCCAUCUGGUCAUGCUUUUACCCGUUGUCGAUCUGUUGAACCACAAGCCAAAUAGCAAGGUCGACUGGAGAAGCGAUGCCAAUGGAAAUUUCGAGUUUGUAUACAAGCAAGGUGUGGAUGCCAGUAAAGCAAAGGAAGAUGGGAAGGUGGAGAUUUUCAACAACUAUGGACCCAAGGGGAAUGCAGAACUGUUGAUGGGGUACGGGUUUGUCAUUGAAGAUAAUGAGGUUGAUUCCUUACAGCUGUCACUUUCGUUGGAUAAACGGCUACAAGAGGAGAUCCUACGUGAUUGGCGUGUUGAAAUACCAACUUUGGAUGAUUAUACCCAUAAUGUCGAUGGUAGUAAUGGGAAAUCAGAUAGUGCCGCAUCGAUGUUUAUCCUCAAUAAGUUUUCUCCGUUGCCGGACAGUUUGAUUCAAUUGUUUGGGUACCUUAAUAGAAACAGUCUUGACAAACAGUUAACACUGAAGAGUUUGAUGAAUGGAUUAACACAAUUGAACCAGAGUUUGCACGCAAAAUUUGCUGACAAAUUAGAUAGAAUGCCACCAUUUGACCCCACAGUUGUAACAGAGUAUGAUUAUUCAAAUGCAAGGGUAUUUCGCCAGGGCCAGCUUAAAAUUUAUAAUCUGAUCAAGAAAGAGCUUAAGGAAAGGGAGAAGAUAUUGUUGAAAACUUUCAGGAAAAACUUCAUUACUAUCAAGGACAUCUAUAAGAAGGACAAGGAUUUCGAGAUAUUUAUAAAGCUGUGCAACUGGAACAUGGAUACCAAGUUGUUAUCAAAGAUGGAGAUGGAAACUAUCAUCACAGUUUGGUUAUUGAAAACCGUCAACAGCUAUACUUUAGAAACAGUUGAUCAAUUUUAUAAUUCCAGUGGAAUCGAUUUAAGAUGGGUAUUGGAGUUAUUCCAUGUGUAUAGCAAGGAGAAAGCUACUGGACUUGAUGAGCAUGAAAUCAAAGUUACAUCUGCAUUAUACAACGACUUCGUCCCAUAUUCAUCAAGACAUCCAGAGUUAUUCCAAAACAGCCACUGGGGAGUCGAUGAUUGGAUCUUGGUGCGUCGUAUUAUUUUGGAAAACUCUUAUGAAAAGGGCAAGUCUCUAGAGCCCCUAUUGAUCAAACCAGAAGAUUUCCCGGUCAGUGCCUUGCUGGAAUGA